CCCAUAACGAUCCAAGCUGAUUAUACGGACAGUGGAGCUCUAGCGGGUAACCAUUUCUACCAUUCCAUGGGUGUUCAUCAUGACAUGUUUAAUGAAAGGUGUGCAGUACUGAAGCGCCGCAUUACCUCUGCAUAGAGGAACUACAGUCAUGAUCAGCUUCAGACCUUGGAGACAUCUGAGGGAUUCUUCACAAUGGCACCAGAAGAUUUCUGGGCGAUAUGGCAAGCUGUAAACAUAGCAACUGGACAAGAAGAUUACUUGUAGACGAGUUGAAUGGCAUCAGAACUGCUUUGUAUUCAAAUGCCCAUCUGGCUUUAGAGAUGUCAUCGUUUUCACAUCCAAACCAUCAGUUGGAUCCCAGGCUGGCUCAGGCUGCUUCCCCAUCAUUAACAGAAAAAAGGUCAGUUUUCAAAUCAUCUGCCGAUGAUAAGGAGUGCAUGUCAACUACGCACAGUCAUCUGAAUUCGGGGUCAAUUAUUUGUUCCUCUUCAAGCUAUGGCGGUACUUUGGACUGCCCCAUGUCACUGUCAUCGGACUGUGGAGAACUUACAAGUACCCCGAAUAGCGUCGACAACGUAUCACAAGAGUUACUGCCACAGUCAAGUUAUACAGUAUGCUCGAGCCACCAACUUACCUCUCAAUCAGUUUUGCCUUUGUCGUCAGCCUGUGGAACAGUUACACUAAGCAGAGAAACCCAGAAUCAGAUGGGGCAACUUGAAGAGUCGGAGAAGUCAAUUCAGUUGGAGCUGUCAGAAUUUUCCUUCGCCAGCCGAGAGGUUGGUCUGUCUCAGUCAGCAGACAGUCAUGGAACCUCCUGCAUGGAAAAUCGUGGGUGUUCAGUUCAAAUUAAGGUUGAAGAGAUGGAAGAGCCUGUAAACAGUGCUUCACUGACAAGUGAUAACUUAGAACAGUUAACUAUCUUGUCAGACCAAUCCCAUCCAUUCUUAUCGGGUACUCAGCAACAAUUUAACACAGAGAAAUCAUGCAAAGCCAAUAAUAUUGGUGAACUACCAACAAAUCAUGGCUGUGCUGGUAAAAGCAGUGCAGACACUAAUGACCAGGGCCUAUUGGGUAGUAAAGAAACUAAUGACCAGUAUCAGGGCUCUGCAUUGAGUAAUAAAGAAACUAAUGACCAAUGUCAGGGCUCCUCUUUAUUUAGUAGUGAGGAAACUAAUGACCAAUGUCAGGGCUCCUCUUUAUUUAGUAGUGAGGAAACUAAUGACCAAUGUCAGAGCUCUGCAAUGAGCAGCACAGCAAGUAAAAAACAGUGUCAGAGGUCUGAGACUAGUGGCCAGUGUCGGAUCUCUGCAACGAGUAGUAAAGAAACUAAUGACCAAUGUGGGGGCUCUGCAUUGAGUAGCAAAGAAACUAAUGACCAACAUCAGGUCCCUGCAUCAAGUACCAAAGAAACUAAUGACCAAUGUCAGGUCCCUACAUCAUACAGCAAAGAAACUAAUGACCAAUGUCAGGUCCCUACAUCGUACAGCAAAGAAACUAAUGACCAAUGUCAGGUUCCUUUAUCGUGUAGCAAAGAAACUAACGACCAAUGUCAAUUGUACAAUUUCGUUAUUUUUUCCCAUGAUGACGAUGCAGAUAAAGCCGAUUGCAUCUUUCACCUCUUAGAAGACAAACAUCUUCGAGGAUUCAAAAAUGGCAGAGACGACACGCCAGGAACAUUUAAGAGCGAUGAGCUUGUGAAAGCCAUCAAGAAUACUGAGAAGAUUUUGUUACUUCUCACACCCAAGUCAAUUGACGACGAGUACUUCAAAUAUGUGAUGAAUUUGAGUUUAACACACUCAAUAGAAAGGGGGAGUACAAACUUAAUAAUACCCAUUUGUUUAGGGAUAGAACGAUGCCAAGUGCCUGACGCACUGAUGUCUAAAUGUUGUAUUCAUUCUAACGAUAUCAGUGAUAAAUUUAAAGACAGUCUUUUCAGGGUAUUUCGUUCUACAUGUAGAUCUUCAUUAACUUCUAGUGUGAGUUUUGAUUCUCAAUCCAGCUCACCUACUUGUAGUAUAAUGGAAAGUCACAGUAUGCCAUCUUCUUCAUCCCCAAACAAGCGAUGGUACACUUCAAUUUUUCGGUUGUUUUCCUCUCACAAGUAACAUCACCAAUUUGUCUCAACUAAAGUUUUCAUUUGUGGUAAUUUAUAAGAAUUACUUGAAAAUUUAUCCUGUUUUGGGUCUCCAGCAUGUUCGUCUAGCAGCCUGGAUUCGUUUUUCACGCAAGCAAAGUGAAUUUUUUUUACAAUGAAGGCCUAAUUAGAAAAUAGCACGACUGAUUGUUUGCAGUGCAAAAAUUCGCUUUGCUUUUACUUUAAGUAUGAACCAGGCCUAGAGGGACACGGUGCCUUCAGACUGGGCAUUUGAGCUUGAAAAGUGUUUGUCAUAAAAUAUGGUUGGAAAGAAGUAGAAUUGAUCAAAUUUACACAUAUUAUCCCUGGAAUUUGUGUGAAUCAAAUUUACACAUAUUAUCCCUGGAAUUGUGUGGUUUUCCCUGAGACUUCAUGAACUAACGGGGUCUGCCAUCGUGUAGAACAAUAUCUUUUACUGCACAGAGUACAGACCGUGUUAGUUUAAGAAGGAAAUCGUAAACCACACAAUUCUGAGAUUAUUUGCGACUGUUGUGAAUAUUUAUAACUCAAAUUUGAAAUUAUUUUCCAAAAAUAAUAAUUUUAUGACAAACGCUCAAAUGAGCCUAAUCUGAAGGUAAAGUGUCCAUUCAAAUUGAUCUUCAUUUUGUUGAUGUUUACAUGUAUGUGAAGUGCCAGUAGUAAUAAACACAUUUCUUUUU